GGGAGGAGCUUCAACCAUGGGUGGCGGCAGCGUGCUGGGAGGUCACGGCACACUGAUGAGCACGGCGGGCAUGAGCAAUAGUACGGUUGGCGGCGGCGGUAUGUCUGGCAUGGGAGCUCCUCCUGGCAGCUUGUUACAAGGCGGUGGCGCCAAUGGCGGCGCCCCUGGCACUGUCUACGGCAAUGUCAAUGGCGGCGGUGGUGUGGGUGGUGUUGGUGGUGUUGGCGGUGGUGUGGGCGCCGGUCAGAGCACAGCGCCCGGUUCGGUCAUCGAUUCACGAGCCGUCUCUGUGGUGGUCACACUGCCUGGCGGACCUGGCUCUCAGCAUCCGGGGCAGGCAUUGAGCGACUACGGUCCCAUAUAGUUAAUGGUACGCCCGGACACCGCGCACUGGGUCUCAACGAGCAGCUUUAGUCAGCUGUAAGAGUGCAGUUAAUUCCCUCUCUCCAAACAACAAAUCUCUCUCUCUUCACUCUAUCUCUCCCUCUCUCUCUCUCACACUCUCUCUGUCUCUGUCUCUCACACCUGUCACUUUCUCAGAGGUUUAUUAAGCGAUUGCCAUAUUAAUUUUUUGUAGCUGUAGUUUGUUUAGAGAAAGGCGCAAAACAGAUUUUAAGCGAUUUGCCCAAGAUUCUAGUCCGAAAACCUUAUAGACACAUACACGAGUAUAUCAGCGAGCGACAAGGGCAAGCAAAGAGAGCAGCGAGCACAGAGAGUGAGAAGACGCUCUCCAGCGAAUAGCAGUUGAGCGAGAUGGGGACAAGCGAGCGAACCAGGCGCGCAUUUUGUUGUUCUGAAGCGGCUUUACCUUUUGGUUCUUUCCAUUCAUUUCUUCAACAAAAUAGACUGAGAAAUCGAUAAACGAAAAUGCAUUAAACAAACAGAAAUCUAGAGAAGGAAACAAAACAAAUACAAAGAGAGCAAAAGCGUUUGCCAACACUGCCAAGUCAGAGCCACGAGCCAUAUUUCGAAAUUACAAGUAACUUUUAAUCAAACUACCUAAACUAUUAACCUUAACCUAAUACAUAGAGUCACAUUUAAUAUAUUUACAUAUAUAUAUUACGAAGAGACAUACACACACACACACACACACAUACACAUUUCGAAUUCGCCAAGUGCGUUAUGUUUUAGGGUUGUCGCUGCAUCCACAUUGCAGAGAGUGAGCGAGCGAGCGAGCGCACAGUGUUGCAAAACCAUUUGUAAAUUAUUUAAAAACCUAACUUAAGAGCCAGCAUUAUCCAGCACUAAUUUCUUGUAAAUAUUUUUCAAAUUGCGCUUAGUUUGUAAACGACUUUUUUUGUAACUUAUCCUAAAAA